AUGGAUUCUGCUGCAGUUUAUUUGUCUCCUGCUACUCCAAUGGAGCGAGAGCCAGGAAAUAACAUCUUAGAAUUGAUUGGACUCUUCUUCCUCCAAAAGAUUUGGUAUCCUAUUUCGCGGCACACACCGCUCACUGCAAGACACUCAUGGAUUUUGGUACAUUGGGGGACACUCCUCAUCAUCAAUUCUUGCUUCGAAAUCUACUUCAAUUCAAAUACGCUUGCCAUUUUCUCUCUCUAUAUCUUGAGUUCCAUCAUCGUCAUUAUUGGGUACAUCUUCCGUGUCAAAGUGAUUCUGCAAUUCUUCAAAACGAUCACUACUGUGGGCAUCUACGCCAGCUUCGGUUUUUUCAUCAUUCAACUUGUAUUGUUGGUCUUCGUCGCCAGAAAAUAUCUCGGAGACACUGUGUGGAAAUCCGCCAUCACGUUCUUAUCCUUCAUCAUGUUAAACAUCCAAUACACCCUGCUCAACGAUGUCAUCUCGAAAUGGGAGAGUACGGAGGAGCUGAACGACCUCAUCCUUCACACUAACACAUGA